GAGAUUCCAUAUCUUAAUGGAGGAAAAUGGCCGGCAUCCUUUCAAAUACGGAGUUGGGUCACGGCGACGUAUUCAUAAAGAAAAAAAGAUUCCAGAAGCUGUCCGUACGAAACUAAUGAUGCUGCUAGACAUCGCGUCCAAGCCCGGAAACUGGAGGGAUCUGGCUGAAAGAUUAGGUGCUUCUUGCUUAAAUAUACAAUUCCUUGAAAACCGUCGUCAUGAGUCACCAACGCAACACGUCCUUAACGUAUUCCAAACAAUGAACAAGCCUUUAACUUUUCUGAGGGACAUUUUCAUUGACCUUGACCGCGACGAUGUUGUUACUGUUUUAAAUUACGAGAUAAAUCUUUUCCGAGUUGGCCGCUGAACAGGAAAUGAGCCUACAUUCCUCCCCCGCUCCUCCUCGACGAAGUCGAUGGAUCCGCAAUGGAUGUAAAAGACACACGAAAGUGUUAAUUUAAGGCUCUUCGUUGACCUUAACCGCAACGACAUUGUUAUUGUGUUGAAUUACGAGAUUAAUCGAUUCCGAGC